CUUCAGUGGACAUUAAUGGAGUACAGUGGUAAUCCCUUGUACAGAUGCAGAAACUGCAAAAAUCCACUUGCUCUUAUCGACGAUCUUCUUUCUAAAAAUUUCAUAGCGAAAUCAGGGAAAGCAUAUAUGUUCCAACAUGCAAUGAACAUCGUGUUGGGCCCGAAAUACGACAAGCAGUUGAUAACUGGUCGGUUCAGCAUUGCUGAUGUAUUCUGCAGUAAGUGCGGUGAAGAACUGGGUUGGAAAUAUGUUCAGUCUUAUGAUUUGAAGAACAGGUACAAGGAAGGCAAGUUUAUUCUCGAAGAACUUAAGAUGUUCCAAGAAUAUUAAUUAAUAAAUAAUCAAAUAUAUAGUUUGAAUAAUGUUAUGGGUAUAUAGUUGGAUAAAUUAAUAAACUAUAUAAUAAUGAAAUUUGUAUGAUAUCAGAUUUUAAUUUGCAUAUACAAAUCUAUGUUUUAAUUGAAAGUUUAUAUUAA